AAUAACUGGGUUUUUCCAUGACAGAAGGAAAUAGAUCAUGAUAGACUGGAAAGUGAAAGCAGCUCAGACAAAUACUGGACUAAGGAAAACCCCAGUUUUCACACAUAAAACCUGGGUAAGGACUGGCUCCUGUCCUCAGAGCUUCUUGAGGAGCCACAUCAAGAGCAUCUCUAACAGAAUCCUUAAGCCCAACAGACAUCUUCACCAGGAGCAUCUUGAAGAACAAGGGACAACAUGAAGACCACUGUAGCUUUGGUUGUGUUUGCCUGUCUAUUUGCAGUUUUUGUACAAGGACAGAGGACUAGUGUACAGAGGUGCUUAUGUCAGGGUCCUGGGAUGAACAUGGUUCGUCUGCAGCGAGUAGAGAAGAUUGAAGUCUUUUCUCCUAGUCCAUCCUGUGACAAACUGGAAAUUAUUGUCACACUGAAGAACGGUGCAGGGAAAAAGUGCUUGAAUCCAGAAUCCAACUUCGCCAAGAAUUACAUCAGGAAAGCUCUUAAAAACAGGGGCUGAAAAAGGAGGAAAAAAGACUGAAGAAAACGGCUGAGAACACAAUCACUAACUUGAACUACAUAUACGUCCCAUUGUAUUUAUGUUCUGUAAAUACUAAAUAUAUUACUCUUUUGUUUUGUUGUGUUCAUUUAUAAACUAUUUGUACAGUGACAUCUGCAUAAUUUAUAUAUUGUAAAUGCUUAAAAAACACAGUUGUGUACCUAUUUAUAUUCUUUUUAUUCUGAAGUUUUGUUUUUCUGUCUGAAAUGUAAUAAACUGUGUCUGAAAGUGUCAAACAACUUGGCAAAUAAAUACUCAUUACGAUA